AUGUCCGGCAGCAAGAUCAAGCUUCAUUUCCUUCAAGCCUCCAGAUGUAUCCGUACAGCCUGGCAACUGGAUGAACUCGGUCUUCCGUACGAAGUCAAGUUUGCGAACCGCGAGAAUGGCGUUGCACCACCGCAGUUCAAGAAGGAAGCUGGAGGGCUAGGGAAGUUCCCGACGCUGGAAGAUGGGAAUGAGAUGGUCUAUGAGAGCGGAAAUAUUACCGAGUAAGGAACGCCCUGAAAUAGAAGGCAGCGAGAGGAUGGCUGUAUGCUGAUAAAGGGAUCAAGAUACCUCUGCGACAAGUACGAUCCCGAGCAUCGCCUCCUGCCCGCCCCAGGCGACCCCACCCGCUACAAAGUCCUCCAAUGGGUCCACGCAUCCGAAGCGACGUUCAUGCUCCACGGCCUCGCGGUCCUCUACGCGAAGUGGUUCCAGAAAGACGGCAGCGUGGAAACCACCGUCGAAGGGCUGAGCAAGAACGUGAUUAAAGACCUGGAUCACCUGGAAUCCGAACUCGGCAACAGCAGCGGGAAAUUCCUGUUCGGAGAUAAAGUCACGGCGGCGGAUAUCAUGAUGCACUUCUCGGCUGCUUUCAUCCUCGCGCGCGAGCUGGGGACCAAGGGCAAGGAGUGGCCCAAGAUCAACCAGUGGUUGAAGGACUGCGAGGCGACGCAGACUUAUCAGCAGGCUGUCAAGCAUACUGGACAUAAGUUGUGA